GCGGGGAGGCAAGGGCCCAUCAAAACCUGGCAACAAGCAAAAAAAUUGACGAGAAAAAAACAGUAAGGUGGUGUUUCAUGCAAGUGCUAAGAUAGGAAAUGAAGUUCAACGUGGUGUGCAAGAAACUCUACAAUUAUGUUCGGUACGAUCUCAAGGAAAUAGCGUUUCCCUCCUCCUUGCCGGAUCCUCCCCACAUCAAAAAGCGCGGAAUACUUUCGUGGAAAGAGCGCUUCCUUGUGUUGAAGGAAGCUUCUAGAUUAUAUGGUGCGAGCUGGGUAAGAGAUAUUGGUCCGGAACUUAGGCCACACGAGUACAGAAAGAAAACAGAGAGUGAAGAAGAUAAAUCCAAUCGGGAAAAAGGCGCACCUAACGAGAGGGAGCCAUCAACACUAGAGGAUCUUGCUGUGGCUGCAAAGGGGGGAAUGGAGAGUAUAAGGCCAGCUCUGCAGAGAGUGUACAUGACUAGGGCUUCGGCUUAUAGAGAUGCUCUGAGAAGUUUUAUCGAAGGUUAUCAAGAAGGUAUACAUCAAGUUAUGGAGAAGAAGGAAGAUCACAAAUCUCAAGGAGCCGACACUCCAAAAGGAUCAAAUUAAUUUCUCUGAAAAAUGAAAAAAUAAAUCGAUGAUGAUUCUCUCUGAAUAACAGACCCAUUCAGUGGAUUCACAUAGUGCCUCGAAUGGUGGUGGUGACUUUGGUGGGUGGGGUAUAUCCCUCGUCUCAUUUCUUCAACUCUUUGUAUUAUUACGAUAAAAGUCUCCGGUCUUUUUUCCCAUCCAAUGAGCCAUAUUAGUUAGUAGCAUCGACUUUUUAUCAUUAUCGUACAGUUUCACUUGGUUUGAUAAUCGUUUGUCCGUUACUCAGUUCCAUUCAUGCUAAACCGGUGAUUACGCUUUGUGUGUGUGUGUGUGUGGCUCUCGAAAUCAACUUCCGUUUCGACUAAAAUUACAGUGUCGAUACACUAAAGCGAUUGUUUUUCGUUUA